GCUGUUGCUGCUAAACAGUGUUUUGAAUUCUUCUAUACAAGGUGACACGUGCGGACAAAUACAUCCAUAUCUAUCGGCACGUACCAAUCAAAUUUUGUCCCAUUCGAAAUAUCUUCGUUGCAAUAAAUCCUCUCUUUUUUAUUUGUGGAUACACAGCUCUGCUUUUGUGUAGUGAAAAUUGUAUAUGAGGUCUCCGGCAGACGGCUGGAAUGCAGUCAGCUCUAAGUACUGAAUUGCAGCGACUGUGGCUUGACGCACGAUGCACGCCGCCAUCCUCAGCGCAGCACGUGGAGAAGGUGAGCGCAUUUCUCUCUGUGUUUGUGAGCUGCUUUGCAGGACGCAAGUCAGCGGCCUUUAAAGUUUUGUUUGGCGAUGGGGCAGAUUUAGUGAUGCUUCUUUGCAGGGACUAUGCCACCCUCGCUCGACAGCUGAGCCAGGAAAGCUAUCCAAUGCCCCCUGCUGCGCCAACACUCUCUACGUUGCAGCUAUUUGCGCAGGCGCUGCGGUUGCUGAUCAACGACGAAUCACUGCCAAGCACGGAGGUGGGGCGCCUGGCGAGCGCGUACGAGGCGUACGGCAAGUUCAACGUGGUUGCCCUCUCCCUCGUGAUUCACGAGCGCUUCCUCGUUUUCAUCCGUGCAGCAAGGGUGGAAGAUCCAAUGCUAAAUGUUGUUGCGCAAACUGACGCUUUGCUGUUGCAACUGGUUGACUGCGUUCUCUCCUGUCGAAGCCGGGAGCUGAACCGGCACUCUGUGCUGGAGGCGACCAUCGCGGAGCGUGUAUUUGGUGUCGCCGCGACCGCCGCCGCCUAUUUCGAGACGCCGUCAGCGGCCGGCGUUGACGCGACGGAGUCGAGUGGUCGAAUCCUGCACCAGCAGCUGCCCAACGUCCUCAACGCGGACGUCGCCAACCAAACGCUGCACAAACUCGAAGACGCGCUUGUCUCGUCGCAGCGACGCGUCGCUGGUGCGGUGGUUGCGCUGUACGCCCUCAAGUGCUUCGCUUGCCUGCUGGAGAACAUCCUGUAUGUGAAGCAGCUUGUUGGCUGCUCCCCUGUGGAAACCGUAAGCUUCGACAUCGUUACCGCGACGGUGCUCAACUUCGAGAAGGAGGUUGAUGCAGAGGGGCUACCGGCGUUUCGACGGAUUGCCGGGUGCAUUCGUUUCCUCGCCCUGGCCGAACGCCCCGACCUCUCUGCUCGCAAACUAGCGUCUCCUGUGUCCAACCUGAGCAGCAGCCUCCUUCGCAUGCUCCCCGCCUCUGUCAGCAAGGUGCAGCAACGCAUUGUGGACUCGUGGACGGGGGGUGAUCAGCGAGAGAUGCCGCAAAGAAUUCACUGCGACGGCGCCGUCGACUCCCUUGCCCGCUUGUUUGUCCUCAGCAGCACGCUCCAAAUGUCAGAGCUGUACGGGCAGCAACUGUUUCAGCUCCUCUCCAUGAGGGGCGUGCCCUCAGCGGCUCUCAGGUUUACGCUGUCCAUUUGUGCGGAGAGUGCCGCCACGUUUGAGCCGGAGAAACUGCGAUCUCUCUUGAGUUUUGUCGGCACGCUGCCAUGCAAAAGUGAAGUGGGCGACUUUCUCCAGGCCAUCGUGACGCAGCUGGGCGGCAGUCGCUUUGGCCAACCGGAGCAGCGGCGCGCCGUGAUUGAGUUCUUCAUUGACUGGUGCCCCAAGGCGGAGAGCCACAUUACCGUGGCACUGGCGUUGGGCGUGGUGCAGGCCGCCGUGCAGUGCAUGGUCGGUCUUGCCAAGGAUCCACAGGGCAGCGCGCUGGACAUCUACGCGGAGCGCUUUUCUGUGCUGUGCAAGGUGGUCGUGUCCGCGAAGACCGCGGCCCGCUGCCUCGUGGGCGACAACUUCUGCGAGUUGCUGCUGCAGGUCAUGCUUGCCUCCUUGAAUGCCGGGGAGGCCCACACCGCCGUGCUGCUGCGCGAUGCUUUCGUUGCUUUGGUGCUCAAAACUGAACUGUUCUGCGACACGCUGCUGGGGCAAAUCGCCGCUGCCACCAACAGUAGCCCGUGGGCGUCGUCGGCGACGCCACUUCUGUCGACGUUGGUGCUGCUGAUCCACUCAUGGGGGCGACACCACCGCGCCUCCCUGCCGCACAACUCCAUCGAGCUGUGUCUCUCCUUGACGCAGCAGGUGGUGAGCAGCAGUCUUCACCCAGCUGUAGACCGGCACCUGAUCGGGUGCUGUCUGAGCCUGUUGCUGGUGGUGGUGAACUACAGCGAUGUAUGGGAACUGGUGGAGCACACCGUCGGCUCGCUCCCUGUCUCGUGCGAGCACGUGCAGGGCUUGCUGGACCUCAGCACUGGCGUGUACCGGUCCAAUGACAACCUCACCGUCGCCGAGGGCUACUUCACGGACCCGGUCGAGUCUACCGAGUUGUGGUCGGCACCGCACUUUGCUCAUUUUGGCCCGUUUGCCGUCAUGAGGGAGCCGUACUGCGAGAUGGUGUAUCCGGUGAAGCUGCUCGUGCGCAUGGCCGGCACUCUCCUCACGGAGCAGCACGCCGACGCCGCGAACGCCGUGGACGCCGUGGAGUAUUUGCUGCUGCACUCCGGCGUGACGGUGCCGAGCGCCUUUUUGGUGGACUUCAUCGCAACGUGGGAGCGCUUUUCGUGGCUGCGCUGCGUGUCGAACGUGUCGGACCGGAAACUGCUGCCCUUUUUCUUUGCCCCCUCUCAGGAGGCAACGGCGAUAGUAAAGUGCCAGCAGCGGUGGUUAGAGGCGCUGAGGUCUUCCAGCAACGUGGAGGGACAAGACGGCACCUCCUUUGGCGACUACAUCCACUUCGGCGACGGCGGCGGCGCCAGCGGGUCCAUCACGUGCGGCGGGGACGUGUGGCCGCCGGUAGACGCCUAUGCGACGGGCAUGUGGGUCUUCGUCGGCCCCGUCACGCUCUCGGGGCGGCAGGAGGGAAAGGUGGUGCUGUGGCAAGUCGACUGGGACGCAGCCGGGAAGCACUUCUGCGUCUCCCUCGUGGCCCACACGCAGCGCAAGUGUUGCCUGUACAGCUGCGACUUUGACGGGGACGGGACGGUGGUGGAGUUGCCGAUGCUGCCGGAGGAACAGUGGGUUCACGUUGCUACCACACACAGCCGCGGAAGGGUGUUUGCGUCGCAACUGAAGGUGUUCGUGAACGGCGUGGAGGUGAGGCGCUGCGGGUGCCCGUACCCGGCGUCCGGCCUCCAAACCGCCGCCGCCGUGGCCAGCUCGAUUCCGGCGCUGCUGAAUCGCGAAGUGAGUGUCACCGUCGGCUCUCCGCGCGACACGCCAAACAACAACGCCACGCUGCGCGUCAUCAGCUUCGAGCUCUACGGAUGCAGCACCUCUUCCAAGCAAAUCAUGUCCAUGUACGCGAUGGGCCCCUACCACUCGAGCCAGGCGUGGGACGGCGUUGGCCGGCACCAGUGCGAUUUGCGCGUUGCGUCGCUCAGCGACGAGACGGUCCGCUGCCUCGCGGCGCAUCUCCAGUCGGCGUCUCUCGAGGCGGUCGUGCGGGAUCAGUGCGUCGAGCUGGUGCUGCCCCCGGUUCAAGUCCUCGUGAGCAUCCACGCCUCCGCGAUGGGCCAGGUUAGCAAGACUCUUGACUACCUGAACAACAAACAAUGGUCACUGCGUAACAUGGCAGCGGCGAAUGCGGAGUCGUCGUUUUCUUUGCACGGUUACUAUCGACCUCCGCGCGGCACACACACCAACAGCGUGGACGCGCUUCUGUGCAAUGGUGCCUUUUAUAUGUGGCUGCGCUGGAUGGCGUGGGUGGCGAGGGAGUCGCAGGAGGUUUCGUCCGCAGAAGGCGAAAAGUGCACCGGUGCAGCCGUGCGCCAAGUCGCGUACCACUUGGUUCAAAUUUUGAGCCUCAGCAACAAGCAAACAGACUUGCUGCCGCUAAGCUGGCGGCGCUUCGCUGCCCAGUUCUCCGAGCAUGUCUCCCAUCAACCUCGGAUCUACCUGCACGACCCCACCUCCAUAACGUUGCUGCUGCACGUGUGCGUCAAGACGCUUGUGUACCGUGACAAGAAUCAGCGUCGCACAGAGGCUACGCUGCUCGCGAAUAGUCUACUAUUGGAACACAUUUUCUUCGACUGGAAGCUGCUAGGCAACUUGCCACAGGACUGCUGGCUGAUCGUUAUGACAACACUGCGGCAGCUUGUCGCUCCCUCCAACGCCUUGGCUGCCUUCAACACGGUGCGACUCCUCACAGCGGACUUUAUCAACGGCUUCGUGAUUGGGCUUCUGCGGGAGUACGUGGCGUUUCCUCGAUUGCUGGCUGCGGUGGAGUUGAUGAAGGCGGUCCUGCUCACAGGCCAGGCGACGGAGGAGCUGAUGGAGCGGCUGUUGACGACGUGCCUACUGACGGUGCCGUGUCGAGCGGGACCGGAGAGCAGUGUCAGCACCCUCGAGAGCCACCUCGGCAGCGUGCUUUCGGUCACGUCGCUGGCGUACAUCGUUCUGGUGCGCAACAUGUUGCUGCGGUGCCUCAACGAGGUCCUGGAGACGACUCUCAGCGAUGGCAACACCGCCUUCCUCUCCGCCUUCGUGGCCACCGUACCGGACUGGUGGUUCUCAGCGAUGCUGUCCGCCAACUCGCACCCCAUCUCGGCGACGCUGUCGCUGCGGCUGCUCGUCCUCUGCUUUCUCAAUUCCAAGGCAUUCCGCGAGGGUAUGACGGUCACGAGGGCCACGUGCAUGGCCCAGGCGAUGGAGCCGCAUUGCCACCAGCGAGAGUUGAUGGACGUCCUCGUGCACGGCUACAUGGGGCACUUGUGGCCGGUCAGCUCCUCGCACGCGGCGUACAGCACCGUCGCCUGGAGCGGUAGGACAGAGAUGGAGGGGCUGCUGGUGCUCGUGCUGCACCUCCUGAAAUCGCAAUGUCAGCUCCUGCUCCGCGGGGCGGCGGUUCUAUCGGAGGAGGGCACCGUCCGCGGCUACUUCAGCGGCGCCGCUACGGAGGUGGGCUGCACCGCGGCGAACCGCAGCGUGAGGGCGCGUCAGCAGUGGCGGCGUGCCGGCGAUGUCCUCCGCGCCCUUCGUCGGCUGCGCACCGCGGCGGAAAGCGGCAAGCAGCGCGAGGUGGUCAACGCCUCUUGCGCGGAGCCCUCGGCAUCGUUCACGCCAUCGCCGGAGGCGCUGAAGAGUUCGAUCUGCGAGGUGAUGGAGUGGCUCACGCUGUCCUAUCGCCUCUCCAACGCGUUGCGCAAGUCGCUCUAUCGCAGCAACAGCCCCAGCAACCUCAUAGAUCUACUCAUGUGGCCCGUGUUGGUGGCUCUGCGCGCGAAGGAACCGGUGGCUGCCGCGGCGAGUGCCGCCAACGCCGCUUCGGUUGCAGACCCAGAUGGCUCGCCCAUGAAGGAGAGCAGCAAGGGCUCCAGCGGCCCUUCCAGCGAGCUGGAUGAGGCGGACGAGUGGGAGGUUCUGCCAGACCCGUCGACGUUUGAAACGCGCAGCUUCGGGCUCGAUGCGAUGGGGCCGGCGGACGGCAUGGACGGCGUGUACGACGCGUGCAAGUCGUUCUUUCUCACCCACGCCGCCUCCCGUGCGGCGACGACGGAUAUUUUGGCCCUGGCGCGCAGUCACACAAAGGUGAGCAAGUACGUCCUCGCUCUCCACCGUGCGCUCUCCACCGAGGUGAAGGGCAUCGGCAGCCAAUCGGAAGACAUCCGCCAAGCAUUUCUGUGCUUCGUGUGGUUGAAGGCCUCGGAGCAGUGUAUCGACCGCAUCUCCGACUUCAGCGCCGGUCCUGUGAAGCGUAACGCGUUGGAGCUCGGGAAGUAUGCGCUGGACCGGCUCGUGAGCGGCUCUGCGGUGCCGCCCAACGGCGUUGCGGGGUUUUACCGCUUCCUCCUCGCCCGUGUGGAGGGCGAUGGCGAGGUGAUGAAGCAGAGUCGCACCGCCAUCUUCGAGUGGUUCAUGUACAUCACCAGCGCCUCCUUCUACAAGUUGGAGGCGACAAAAGUGGGGGCUGUGGUGGACAUUGUUUACAACUGUGUCGACACGCUCUUCUCCUCUCCCAUGCCAGCCACCGAGCUGCUCAAGACGGUGGUGGCGCGCAUGCUGCAGGUGACGGUGUGCCUGUGGAACGGUGUAGCCGACGAUGCACACCCCUCCAUCAAGAAGAUGGCCACGCUGUGGAAAGCGGUUUUGACAGCGAACCAGAGCAACGGCUCCUUGGCGUCGCUCUUCUGCACGACGACGCCACCGAUGGACCUGUUUCGCGGCGGCUUUGACCGGCUGCUGUCUGUCUCGUCGACCACGGACGACUUCGCGGCGUGGCUGCGGCAGCAUCGCUCCGAGACGGUCCAGCUGCUGCAGACGUACGGGGGCGUGUCGUACACGUUUUUGAUGGCGAACGGCGUGGAGUACCUGCGGUUCAUCACGCGCUACACGGCGGCUUCGGUGGCUGACGGGGAUCGGCAACGGCGCCACGUCUCAUUGCUCGCCACGUCGCAACGCCUGCUGUGGACGGGGAUGUACGCGACGACGACGUUCGUGGACCGGGCGCUGCUGACCUGCGCGGCGAGUCGCUACCCGAACUGCUACGUCCUCAACGGUGGUGCUGCAGCGAUGGACGAGACAGACGACGUGUGCAGCGAGUGGUUGCUCAACUGCAGCGGCGCGGUGGGGAAGUGCCGGCGGUACGUCUCGGAGCGCGUCGAGGAGGUGGCCAGCGACCCUCUCAACUUUUACAUCCGCUACGCACCUCCAAUGUGUCUGCCGCUGUCUCGGCGGGAGCCGCAGAGUUCGACGGUGGUGCUGCAGACGAAUGCGCGGGCGGUGGUGGCGAAGGUCGCAGGCCACGGCUCCGGCGGUGCGAUUCUGUUCGUGUGCAACGCGUACCUGGUCGUGGGGACGGAGAGCUACAUCUGCACGACUUUGUUGACGCCGGAGGAGCUUAUCAUUGUCACCUGCAGCGCCGUCACACCCGCCGGUGACUUCUUCGUGGAGCAGGUGCGUGUCCACAGCGCGGUGCAGCGGUCAAGUGCGAAGUCGUCUCUCCUCCAGCAGGCUCUUCGCCUCUUCACGUCGGGACAGGGCAGAGGCCCCGGCAGCACCUCCUCACAGGCAGCGUUCCGUUACUCGCAGUACUACCGUCAGCUGCAGACGGAGUCCGCGAAAGGCAGCACCGCGCUGGUGUGGCGCUUCCCGCUUGGCAUCAUCACCUCCGUACACCAACGGCUUUUCCAGCACCUCUCCGCCGGCCUCGAGUUUGUGAUGGAAUCGGGCGAGUGCGUCUUCCUUGUGCUGCUGGACGACGAGCUGUCCUUCUCGAAGGCGUCGCGUGAUCAGCUCUUCUCGUACUUCGAUAGCGACUUCGACCCCAUCAUCGCCGGCAUCUCCGCGCGAUCCUUCGCCGAGAAGCAGUGGGCGCUGGCGGUGUGGACGCGGCGGUGGGUGCGGCGUGAGUGCAGCAACUACACGUAUCUCUGCGUCCUCAACGACGCGGCCUCGCGCUCCGUGGCCUACUUGGGCCAGUACCCGGUGAUGCCGUGGACGCUGUGCAGCUACUCGGCAAGCACGUUGGACCUCGGAGACGCCGGCGCCUACCGCGACCUGAGCAAGCCUGUGGGGGCGUUGAAUGAGGUGAAGGCGAAGCAGCUGCAGAAGCGGUACGCAGAGUGGAUUUCAGCAGACGUCGCGACGGACCCGCCCUACCACUAUGGCACCCAUUACAGCACCGCCGCCAUCGUGCUUUACUUUCUCGUUCGCCUGCAGCCCUUCACGGCCCGCUCCAUUCGCUUCCAGGGCGGCAAGCUCGACAUCGCGGACCGCCUCUUCCACAGCGUCGCGGAGGCGUGGGUGAAUUGCAGCGGGCGAGGCAGCGGCGAUGUGAAGGAGCUCAUCCCGGAGUUCUUUCGUGUGCCGGCCUUCCUGCAGAACAAAAAUGGUAUCGCCCUUGGCACUUGCAGCGACGGUGAGACCCUCGGUGACGUCGUGUUGCCUCCCUGGUGCGGCGGCAGCGCUCUCGCCUUUGUCUACAUGAACGCGCUGUCCCUGGAGAGCGAGGUGGUCAGCGGGCAGCUGCACAAGUGGAUCGACCUCAUCUUUGGCUACAAGCAGGUGGGCCCGGCCGCUGUGGAGGCCAUCAAUGUUUUUAGCCCCCUGUCCUACAAGGAGGGCGUCGACCGCGCCAUCAACCACGCAGCCACUGAGGAAGAGCGACGCUCCAUCGUGGCCUCUGCGGACAACUUCGGCCAGACGCCGCUGCAGCUCUUUCCGAAGGAGCCCCACCCGCCUCGCAAAGACGCCGCUAAGGUGCACACCACGCAAACGGCCAUGCUGGAGUCGCUCACAGACUUGACGACGCGGCCGUGUGUCGGGGCGCAGCUGGCGGUCCGAAAGGGAGAGCAAAUCGCCUCUGGCCUUUUCUGCGACGACACCCUCUUUCUGCUCGAUAACACGAGUGCCGUCGGGUCAGCACGACCGGCUCUGCUCUUUUCGUAUCAGCGUGAGAUGGACCGAAUCGUGUGCACCGCCUUGAGAGGGGAUCGCGUGUUGGCGACCAUCGACCAAAUUCGGGCUUCCGGCUGUGGCCCAGUCCGGUGCAUCUGCGCAUCGACUCGCGGCAGCGUCGUGUGCGUCGGCACGGAAUCGGGCCGGGUCGUGGUGUACAGCCGCGAGACAGUGCGCCACCGCUUCUUCAUCAUAGCCGUGCUCGACUCCACGAUGGACACGUGCCUGGCCGAGGCAGGUGCCGUAGCCCGUCUGGACUUGUUCGAUGAGGGGAAGCUCGUCGUGGCGUACGAAGGGGCGUCCACCGUGUCGGGGUGGCAUCUCUCCUUUCUCUCCACGACCUUCUCUUUCGCGGCGAGUCUGGCGACCACAGCAGACCGCACCCCCGUCCGGGCCAUCUCGCGGGACACGCACACAGGUCUCUACUACGCUGCGAAGACGGACUCCGUGGUGGUCUUCUCAUCCGGCGGCGUCGUUCUCGCGCAUCACCACAUGGACACGCUUCUUGUUUCUGCUGUCCCCGCGCACGCACAUCGCAUGGCCAACGCCUGCGUCACCGCACUUUUCUUUGCCAACUGUGCCUCGUUCUCCUUCUCGAAUCUGCUGCUACUCGGCCACUCAGACGGCAUGGUAUCGUUGUGGUGCGUUGUGGCUUCGCAGACCAUGGCAGAAGCGCCCGACGUUGCCCGUGCCCCUUUGUGGUCCUUUCAGUUUCGGCACGCUGUGGUCUUCGAAGCCCCUGUCACGUGCCUCGUCGCGUCGACAGAGGAGACACGUUUUAUUGUCGGACUCGCCAACGGCACUGCACAGACGAUUUCAUUCCCCUCCGUGGACAACGAAAGCUCUUAG